CUUCCUCUCCUUCUUCUCCUUCCCGUUCUCUUGCUUUCAGAUCUUAGCUAGCCCUCCUCCUCCUUCUUUCUUUUGAGCACUGAAGCUCUGCUGGUUUAGGGUUUUGUUCUAGCUCUGAGUUUUCUUGGCUUUGUUCUUACUGGGGUUUUCUGGGUUUUUUGUUCUUGAAUCUUGGGUUUUGUGUUGUUUAUUAGCAACAACGUACAACCCUACAUAGAUUCAAUCAAUAUCUGAGGUUAUUUCGAUAAGAAAAAACCCUGGAAAAUUAAACUUGAUGCUGACUAUUCUGUGCUUGAUGUUUGAAAUUCAUGUCUCCGGUGCUCAGUGAAAUCCUCCGUUCCGGGUUUAUGGUAGAUUCCUCCCUCAGGCGCAGGACCCAUCUAGUUCAAUCCUUCUCCGUCGUCUUCCUUUACUGGUUCUACGUGUUUUCAUAAAUCAGCUCCCAACACAGUUUCGUAAUACUACUAUUAUACUGCCUAAUAUAUAUAUAUAUAUCAUUAAACCCUAUAAUUAUUAUUCCAAUAAUCGGGUCCUGCGUCUGUGUUUAAAUCUAUAAAAGUUCAAAUCUGUGUUUGAUAUUAUCAUUUUGUAAUGGCUACUUCGAGCGGAAACUCUUCUGGUUCACAGCUUCAUAACUCGGGAUCGGAAGGGGACCUUCAGCAUGCGAUUGAUCAGCGAAAGCGGAAGAGAAUGCAGUCCAACAGGGAAUCUGCGCGGCGGUCGAGGAUGCGGAAGCAGCAGCACUUGGAUGAGCUGACGGCUCAGGUGGCCCAGCUGAGGAAGGAAAACGGUCAAAUCCUGACCAGCAUAAACAUCACCACCCAGCACUACAUGAACGUGGAGGCCGAGAAUUCGGUUCUCAAGGCCCAGAUGGCGGAGCUCAGCCAGAGACUGGACUCCUUGACCGAGAUCCUCAACUAUAUCAACGGCAACAACAAUAUUAACUCGAAUAAUAAUGGGGUGUUCGAAACCGAACCGGCCGGCCAGCUGCUUCAGACCGGCUCCACCGCUGCCGAUCAUAACAGCAGCUUCAUGAUGAACCCUUGGAAUAAUUUGCUCUACUCAAACCUGCCCAUCAUGGCCACAGCAGACAUGCUGCAGUACUAAUUGUUCGUCACCAUCCACCAUGGCCCCUCUGUGCAUGAUUGGUCUGUUCCUUUCCUUGUUUGUCUUGUAUUAUGGUCUUAAUGAGUGGCAGAGGAAAGAACAGGGUGUUCUUAUAUUUUGUUUGCUGCUAUAUAUAUAUGAUUAUAUAUAGAGAGAGAUUUACACAAUGAAAAGCUAGAUAUAUGUACCAGGCAAGUGAUUAGGUGAAGCAAGAAAUGACAGUGAUGACGAGAGCUUGGCCUGAAGGAAAAUUGGAAAGGUAGCUAGCUAGCAAUGGAGAGGGGACCCAGAAAAGGGAGUUCUUGAUUUGUAAAAAUGGAAGUUGGGUCAUGAAUCCAGUAUUAUUAUUAGUAUUUGUACGAAGGGAUUUUAUGUAAUAUUUCUAGAUUUUAUUUUCUUGGUCUUCACUUUGAGUAGUAUUUUUAGCUCUUAAUUUUGUUCUUUAUUUUAAGGUAAUGCUUUUGACUUAAUAUUACUGAGGAAAAUGUGUUAUAUAUUUAUAUGAUGAUGAGUUGAUGACCCAUUCUUU